AUGCCUUUGACCGAUGUUGCAUCUUUCGCGCAACAUCUGCAAAAUUCUAAACGCAUCGUUGCUCUCUUGGGGGCCGGCCUAUCUGCUUCCAGUGGCCUCCCUACCUUUCGUGGUGCUGGGGGGCUUUGGCGAACCUACGAUGCCACCAUGCUCGCUACCCCCGAAGCAUUCCAAUCCGACCCAGGUUUGUCCUGGCAAUUCUAUUCCUACCGACGCCACAUGGCCCUCAAUGCCAAACCAAACCGGGCUCAUCUUGCGCUGGCCGAGUUAGCCCGGCGAAAUCCCAAUUUCAUCACUCUGAGCCAAAAUGUGGAUGGUUUGAGUCCGAGGGCCGGUCACCCUGCCGAACAACUCAAACUUCUUCACGGAAGCCUGUUCGAUGUCAAAUGCUGGGAUGAGUACAAUUGCGGAUACAGUCGCCAAAAUGAUUUCACCGAUCCCAUAGUCCCUGCCUUGGCGCUUCCCUCGGACGAAGUUCCAGGAGGAGGGUCUGAUUCUCAAUUAAAAGCAGCAGUGGAAAAGAAGAAGCAUGCGUUGAUCAAAGGAGCUGACACGUCAGACAUCAAUGUGGAGAUACCCGGCCUCAAGCGAGAGGAUCUCCCGCAAUGCCCGUCGUGCCAGAAGAACCUUCUCCGACCCGGAGUGGUGUGGUUUGGAGAGGCCUUGCCUGAGGAUGUCAUGAACGACGUAUCGGCAUGGUUUGAUCAACCCGAGAGAAUUGAUCUCAUGUUGGUGAUCGGCACGAGUUCCAAGGUGUACCCGGCAGCGGGAUACACCCAGAUGGCACGACAAAAAGGAGCCCGAGUGGCAGUCAUCAAUCUAGAUCCGGCAGAUGCCAAAGCCCUCGCCAAGCGAGAUUGGUUCUUUCAAGGAGAUGCCGCCGUGAUUGUACCAGACAUUCUGAAAAGCGUGAUUGGAGAGGUAGGGGAGUUUAAAGACGAAGAUACAAAGGGCCCGACGCCGUAA